UCAAGAUCUUGACUUCUUGAAAUUUCUUGAAUUCUUAUAUUUUCUUACCAAGAUCUUGAAUCAAGAUCUUACUGAAAAAAUUCAAGAAGUCAAGAUCUUGGUUACAAGAAGUUUCACUAGGGUGGUCGUAAAUCGCUCUCGAUUCAUCUCUGCUGGAUAGUUUCAAUGGUUUUAAUCCAAUUUAAUCUGUUUUUACUCUAUGCAAGGACUUUGGUGGCAUUCUUAAACUACUAAUCAUUAGGGGGCGAUGACUCAUCGUUUUCUUUGUUCCUCUAGUUUAUUCUCGCGGCUUAUGUACUCUUGUAUGUUAUCUCGGUAGACUGUAGCUGCUGGUUAAGUAUGAGUUACGAUUAGGGGUGUUAAUUUAGUUUUGUUGUUCAUUUAUAAUAAUGGAUAAAAGUAAAUGAAUUAUUUAUAUUUAUUUAUUUAUUUCUACCUUUACUUUUAAAAAAAAGGUAGAAAUAAAUAAAUAAAUAUAAAUAAAUCAUUUACUUUUAUAAAAUAAAGAUAAAUUUUUUUUUGAUUUAUUUAUCUUUAUUUUUUAAGUGAUUCAUUUACAUUUAUUUUCCAAAGUAACACUAAAUUAACACCCCUAGUUACGAUCUACAGUUCAGUGCACAGUACUUGCUGAUGGUCUAGCAUGUUCUGACAUUAUCAAUCUAAAGGAAUUUGGUUCUCGAUAAGAAUCUCAUUUAUUUCAAUUGAAAGAGGAGAAAACUCACGAUUAUGAGUAACAGUUUUCGUGAUUACCAAUUGAUAGUUCAUAAUUUUUCAGCACCUACUCAGUUUUUUCUUCACAUUUCUCCUUUCUGUACUGCUGAUUGUUUAAGACGUUUGCGUUACGGUUCCAUGAUCCGAUAGUGAAUACUUUCUCUCUAAGUUUAGAAGAACUAAGAGAUAAAGAUCGGCGUGACAAAUUGUGGAACAUUUAUCUCGGUGAUACGAAUGACAUGGACGAUCGACGUAGUCGAGCUGAAACUCUCCGCAUGAAAAACAUUGAGAAACAACUGGCCGUUCUAAAUAAAAAUCGUCUACUAAGGAAUGAUUCCCUUACAAUUGAUGUUUCCUCACCAAAACCACGAUACGAUUCGUCGCCCAUAUCCGACUGGAAUCGUCCUAGAAUGCGACGGCGUUCUUCACUCGAUCAACAGAUUAUCGAACAGUGGAAAGCGAUGGCUGAUGAUACAAAAGGCGUUGAUCAAUUGCCGUGGCCAAUCCGAAAAUUGCUAAUACGUCGUCAUUUUCGACGACAUCUGAAAGAGACAAGUUUGAGUCUGAUGAAUGAACAGAGUCAAACACUUUCCGCUGACAACGGAGAAGGAGCUAUAGAAACGUAA